AUGGAGGUGAAGGGAAGUCUCACCAGUGGACGGGACUUGAAGCAGUGUAACUGGCUGUUCACUUUGCCUGCAGGGAGAAAUGGUCACAUGUAUGUUUACGUACCUAUCCGCAGGCUGUGGCCAAUGAUUUUGCUGAAGGCUCUGUGGGUUGCGUUGGUGGUCACGCUCCUGGCCGGAUGCCGGGCGGAGGUGGAGCCGGAGCCAGAGGUGCAGCUGGGGCAGGAGCAGCCCGAAUGGCAGGGCAGCCAGCCCUGGGAGCUGGCUCUGGGUCGUCUCUGGGAUUACCUGCGCUGGGUGCAGACGCUGUCUGACCAGGUGCAGGAGGAGCUGCUCAGCACCCAGGUCACCCAGGAACUGACGGCGCUGAUGGAGGAGACCAUGAAGGAGGUGAAAGCCUACAAGGCGGAGCUGGAGGAGCAGCUGAGCCCUGUGGCCCAGUAAACCCGGGCCCGCCUGUCCAAGGAGCUGCAGGCGGCGCAGGCCCGGCUGGGCACAGACAUGGAGGACUUGCGCAGCCGCCUGGCGCAUUACCGCAACGAGGUGCAGGCCAUGCUGGGCCAGACCACCGACGAGCUGCAUAACCGCCUGGCCU